GGGAGAUCAGGGCCCAGCGAGGCUUCAGCCUCCACUUCCGCUCUUGGCCAGCGCUGGCGGCUUCCGGAUCCGGUGAGGCCGGCGAUGGUGACGGAGUGAUGGAGGCGGCGGAUGAUCGGUGGCCGGAGCCGAAUCGGCCGGCAUCCGCUGCCGCGGCCGAUACUGAACAGAUGUUACUGAACAAAGGAAGUCUGAAUGGGAACAGUCCAUUCAUCAUGCAGACCCUGCCCAUGGACACCCUCGGUGACCAGAAUGCCACCGAGGCCACUGCGGGUAGCCCCAAUAGCCCCAACUCUUGUGGCACAGAGACGGGAGAGGAGUCCGUGGCAGAUACGCAAAGCCCGAGUAAUAGGGACCCGGCCGGCAAGGCGGCCGACGGUCCUGCCCCCUGCGCAAUGGACGCCUUCGAGGCCCCUGGCCCAUGGGGCGCGGACACGGGAGAGGAAUCAGCGGCCGACAGCCCUGGCCCGGGAGAUGCCGAAACGGGAGAGGAGUCAGUGGGAGAUAGUCCAGGCCCGAACGACGGAGAGACUGGAGAGGACUCGUCUGCCGAUUCCACGAGUACCAAUGACACGCGUGGUACUGAGGAGGCAGCAGCAGUUGGUCUGGUCCCACGUGAUGGAGAGAGUCGGGCAUCAAUGGUCGAUAGUCCUGGCCCAGCUGAUGGGGACACUGACCUGUGCACCCGGGACUUGAGAGAGCCAACGGCCCACGGUACCAGCCCGUGCGACUUCCGGGAGUUGGCGGAGAAUGGUCUUGGCCCCUGUGGUGGGGACACUGGGAUAGAGCCAACAGAGGAUAGUUCUGGCCCAACUGGAGAGGUCCCAGAAGGCAGAAGCCCCAUCCCGUGCAACAGCAAUGGAGUCGAGGAAGAGUCGACCAGUGUCCAUUAUGGCCACCUCGAUGUUGCUGCUGGUCUGACUGCAGCACAAGAACUGGAGCAAAGUCCUGACCUUCCGUACCAUCCCUGCGCCGCAGUAGAGAUGGAAACGGACGUGCCUGGUGUGGGAGGGCCCAGCGUCGCGUUCCCCAGCCUGUGGGGCACCACCGAAGACUUGCCCACGGACUCCUCGAACCUGCUGCUGUCUGACAGGCAAGUGGCCGUCGCACACUUCACGGAGGCCACGGGCGGGCUGGAGCCGGCGGCUGGCGAGGCACUGGCGAAUUCGAAUGACACGGAGUACGCCGACGGCCUGGCGCACUAUCAGCCGGGUGGCGCCGGCGACUACGAGGCCGUGGAGUCCGACGACGGCGUCCCGCCGUAUCCGGCGGACUUCGAGAAAUACUGGAAGAUUGUGGAGGACAAUCCGUAUGACUUCACGGGGUGGACGUAUGUGCUUCAGUACGUGGAGCAGGAGAAUCACAUUUGGGCCGUUCGGAGGGCAUUUGAUUCGUUCUUCACUCGCUAUCCGUACUGUUAUGGCUACUGGAAGAAGUAUGCCGAUAUAGAGAAGAGAUUGGGAUUCACCAAAGAGGCGGAGGAGGUUUAUCAGCGGGGGUUGCAGUCCAUCCCACUCAGUGUGGAUCUGUGGAUCCAUUAUAUCGCUUUCCUGCAGGAAGUCCUUGAGCCCACCAGCCCUGAUACCUCAGUGAAACUCCGGAGCGUGUUUGAGAUGGCGCUGGCUGCUGCCGGCACGGAUUUCCGCUCCGAUCGACUCUGGGACUUGUAUGUGAGCUGGGAGAAGGAGCAGGGGCAGCUGAAGGCUGUGACCGCCAUCUAUGACCGGCUGCUGUCCAUACCCACCCAACUGUACAGCCACCACUUCGAGAAGUUCAAGGAGCACGUGCAGAGUUAUUCGCCAAAGGACAUCCUCUCCACCGACGAGUUCCUCAGGCUGAGGUCGGAGGUGGUGACCAGCCUAGCCGCAACUGAGGCGGAUUCUGACGAGGGUCCACCCGGCGACGACCCUCCGCCAGGCGUCGGGAGCACAGACCAAGAAAAGGCCGACACGGAGCUGGAGAAGAUCAGGGCGCACUUGGAGGCCACACGGCACGAGAUGUACCUCCUGAACGAAGAGGAAGUCAGCAAGAGGUGGCAUUUCGAGGAGGCGAUCAAGCGCCCGUACUUCCACGUCAAGCCCCUCGAGAGAGUGCAGCUGAAGAACUGGAAGGACUACCUGGACUUCGAGAUCGCCAGCGGCACCAACGAGCGAGUUCUGGUACUGUUCGAGCGCUGCGUGAUCGCCUGUGCUCUGUACGAGGACUUCUGGAUCAAGUACGCCAAGUACCUGGAGAACCACAGCGUGGAAGCUGUCCGCAACGUCUUCCAGAGGGCCUGUAUGGUCCACCUGCCCAAGAAGCCCACCCUUCACCUGCUGUGGGCCGCCUUCGAAGAGCAGCAAGGUGAGCUGAAAGAAGCCCGGAGAAUCCUCAAGUCCUUCCAGAUGGUGAUGCCGGGCCUGGCCAUGGUGCUCCUGCGGCGGGUGAGCCUGGAGCGACGGUGUGGGAACCUGGACCAGGCGGAGGCGCUGCUGCGGGAGGCCAUUGAGCAGCACCAGGACACGCCGCUCGCCUCCUUCUUUGCCAUCAAGCUCUCGAGGCAGCUCCUGAAGGUGCAGAGGAACCUGACGAAGGCCAGGAAGGUGCUUCUGGAGGCCAUCGACAGGGACAAGGAUAAUGUGAAGCUCUACCUCAACCUCCUGGAACUGGAGUUCAGCUGCGACGUGCGAGCUAACGAGAGCAACAUCCUGGGCUGCUUCGACCAAGUGCUCUCCAGCUCCCUCCCACUGGAAAUCAAAAUCGUCUUCUCCCAGCGCAGGGUGGAAUUCCUUGAGGACUUUGGCUGCAGCGUGCGCAGUUUACUCCACGCUUACGACGAACACCAGAAACUCCUCAAACAGAACUCCAGUAAGAAGCGGGCAGCGGAGAAUGGCAUGGAGGAGCCAGAUGAGAAGAAAGCGCGGGCAGAGGACGGCGUCGCGGUGAUCGCCUCGACCACGGCCGUGACCACCACCAGCACUGCCGCCCUGGUCAGCGGAGAUGCCAGUGGCGGCCAGGCGGCGUACAACUACAGCGCAUGGUAUCAGCCCUAUGGAUCGUAUGGGUAUCAGAACCCUUGGAACUACAGUCAGUACUACCCACACAGCUGAGACCAGUUGAAGGAAUGGGAACUGUGUACAUACAAAAACCAAGGGACUUGUUUCUUCCACCACCUCCGCCCCCCCCCCCCCCCCCCCCACAGUCUUUAAACUCGGCCAUCAAACAUCAUCUCUCUGCUCUGACGAGCUCCAAGACACAGCCGGAUUGGAUUCCCCCAUUCGCGAGGUGUUGAGUCCAUCUUGUUGGGUGUAACGAGAUCCCGAAAAAAUGUGAAGUUCUGGAAGGGCUGGGAUUCUUUCCGUGCAGUCCCGUUUACAAGGUGCCUGCCGUUCCUCUUUCUCUCCCCCCCCCACCUUCCCUGUAGCUGGAGCACUCUCUCCCUCCCUCUACAUCCCAACAGGAAAAAAAAACCUGUGAAUCCCAAGCCGCCUGCCGGUGGGACCGACCAGUCCCGUAGAGCCUGCUGCACGGUUUUAAAGCAUUGCGGUGUUGGUUUGUGGUGUGGUCAGGUUUGUUCUGCUAGAGUUUAGGGCAUCGUGGCUGGUUGAAGCUGAAUUUCCCCCCGCCCCACAGGAAUGAAGGGUGGUGGUCAGCUGAAGACUUUCCACCUCAAAUAGGGUGGUGCCCAAGGUUCCCAGCUGGUUUUUUGGGGGGGGUUUGCAUCGGGCAGACACACUGUGUGCAUCAGCACUGGAUUUUUAAAACACUGGUAAAGCACAAUUCAACUGCCACUUGUUUCUCUGGCAGCUUUCUAAUGUAGAAGAGCUGUGGUCCUCACCUUGACCAACACCACAGGCAAACAAUUGGUGUUCUGUGCAAGUCCUUGCCCUCUCACAGGAGGUAGGGACUCCACCACCCUCCCUCACCCCACCCUCAACACUUACACUGGCUCCUGCCCAUUCAGAGCGCUGGCAUCGACCUUCGUCCACGAUUCGCACACAGUCUAUCGGGGCAUCUCUACCCUGUGCCAAGGCCGUGGAGAUCGACCACAGAUACCAAACAACUCGACGCCAACCUUUUACUUUCUGUACAGAUUCUUGUUGGAGCAAAGCAUUUUUGCGCGUCGUUUUUUUAUGAAUGUAAUGUUCCAUUUUGUUUUUGACUAGACGGUGUAAAUAAAAGAAUCAUCAGGUAUGCCGAUCUCUGUGGGGACAUGCAGCAGACGCCACCCUUAGAAUUGUUUAAGGGCGUUCCUGUAGUAGAGUGAUUUCUGUUUGUUAAAACACACAGUCUCAGUGUGGGCUGGGGGUUAUUGGAAGAUAAUAUCAUAGAAUCAUAGA